CGGCGGGUCCUGGGCGGCCAUCUUGUUCCCGCUUGGCAGAUGAAUGAGCUGUAGCUGGAGUCGCCAGCGGCCCCCACAGGAUAAUCCGCCUCCAUCCUCCGCCGCCCGGCCAUGGAGCGUCCCGCCAUCCGCGCCGCUCUGAUCCUCUCAGCCCUGCUGGCCGCCUGCCGGGCCCACGACCUGCUCAACGAGGACGUCAGGCGCACCGUGGACCUCAGCAGCCACCUGGCCAAAGUGACGGCCGAGGUGAAGCUGUCCAACCCGGGGCCGGGAGCCGCUCAGUCCUUCCUGGUGGCGCUGGAGCCCGAGCUGGCCGAGCACCUGGCCUUCCUGGGGGUGAAGGGGGAGGAUGAGGAGGACGGCUACCUGGAAAUACAUGAAACAAAAGGCAAAGGGAGAAGCGGCAAACAAUUCACCGUCCUCCUUCCAUCAUCAUUGUCCCCUGGCGCGAAGACCAAAGUGCAUAUUGAGACUGUUUUCACCCACAUCCUGAAGCCUUACCCCACCCAGAUCACGCAGGCAGAUAAACAGUUUGUAACCUUUGAAGGCAACCAUUACUUCUACUCCCCGUAUGCCACCGUCUCCCAAACCACACGUGUCAAGCUGUCCUCGCGGAAUGUGGAGAGUUACACCAAGCUGGGCAACCCGUCCCGUUCCGAUGACACCAUUGAAUACGGCCCUUUCAAAGACAUUGCAGCAUGGAGUUAUGACCCCCUAAAGGUACACUAUGAGAACAAUAGCCCCUUCCUCACUAUUACCCGCAUGACCCGCCUUGUUGAGGUCUCCCAUUGGGGAAACAUUGCCGUAGAGGAGACUGUUGAUUUAAAGCACACUGGGGCCUAUUUGAAGGGACCCUUCUCAAGAUACGACUACCAGAGACAGCCGGACAGCGGGAUAUCGUCAGUCAAAUCCUUUAAGACGAUCCUGCCAGCAGCUGCCCAGGACGUGUACUACAGAGAUGAAAUUGGAAACAUCUCUACCAGCCACCUGUUGGUUCUUGACGACUCUGUUGAGAUGGAGAUCCGGCCCAGGUUCCCACUUUUUGGAGGAUGGAAAACCCAUUACACCGUUGGUUACAACCUGCCAAGCUAUGAGUACCUGUAUAACCUGGGUGAUCAGUACGCCCUGAGGAUCAGAUUCAUUGACCAUGUAUUCGAUGAACAGAUUGUGGAUUCACUGACCGUGAAGAUAAUCCUUCCUGAAGGAGCAAAGCACAUCCAUGUGGAGAACCCCUAUGAGGUUAACCGAGACCCAGACGAGCUGCACUACACCUACCUAGACACAUUUGGCCGUCCGGUCAUCGUUGCCCACAAGAACAACCUGGUUGAGCAGCACAUCCAGGAUAUCGUGCUUCAUUACACAUUCAACAAGAUCUUGAUGCUCCAGGAGCCUCUGCUGGUCGUUGGAGCCUUCUAUAUCCUCUUCUUCACGGUCAUUCUCUAUGUCAGGCUGGACUUCUCCAUCACCAAGGACCCAGCAGCUGAAGCCAAGAUGAAAGCCGCGUGCAUAACUGAGCAGAUCCUCACGCUGGUAAAUAAGCGUCUCGGUCUGUAUCGUCACUUUGAUGAAGCCGUGAACAAAUAUAAGCAGUCCCGGGACAUUUCCACGCUAAACGGCGGCAAGAAAGCUUUGGAGACGGAACAUAAAAACCUGACGAAUGAAAUCGCCUCCCUGCAGUCCAAGCUAAAGGCUGAAGGCUCUGACCUCUGUGAUAAGGUUGCAGAGAUUCAGAAACUGGACAGCCAAGUGAAGGAGAUUGUGGUGAAAUCUUCUUCGGAAGCGGAACGCCUUGUCGCCGGUAAACUGAAGAAGGACAGUUACAUAGAGAGCGAGAAGCAGCACGCCAGUAAGCGUCAGGAGCUGGUUAAUAAGAUCGACAACAUUCUUGAUGCAUUGUAACUGUUCAUAAUAGUCAUUUAAAAAAAAAAAAAAAAGGACUGGACAAACCUCAGGAUUCAGGUCGUGAUCGUGCCUUGUUGGUGUAUUGUCUAUAGGUCUCCAUAGGUGCACAUUCUUUAUGGGUUCUAUAGAGGACUCCACAGAUUUUUACCAACUCCUGAAUUCUACACUAUUUGUCCGCUCCUGCACUAGGAAUUUAAUUGAAAGCUUGUGAGAUUAUGGCGCCACCGUGUGUCCUGCAUACGGAGAGCCACCACGGUCUAAUUCCAAGUCCUGUUCAUUGUAUGAUCUAUCCCCGGGAAUUUAUUUUACUGCCAUUUCAGUCUUUAGGUAACAUUUGAUCUCGCCCCCCCUUUCCCUUCAGCAGAGACGCAGUACUUUUUUGGUUAAUAAGCUUAAUCGGACAAAAUUGCUGAUUGUAGGUUACAGCGGAGCUUCUCAGAUUUUCCCUAUGUCUUCUAUACACCUACGACGCCAGACGAAGCUCCUAUAUACACUUGAUAGCCAGUUUCCCGAACAUGUCACUGGGGGGGGCGGAUUAGGUCAAUUUUGAAUAUUUUGGGAGAGCGGUAAUGGGAAACGUUGAAUCAAUAUAUGUAUUUUUCUGUCCUGCUUCCAAAUGUUAGAAGCGUCGCGCUGAAGGUUCAGCCAAACUUUUUUUUAAAAUAAUGCAUUUAUCAAACGUAUCCUAUGUAGCAGCUAUUUCUGCUGCUCCAUUGUAAAGAAUUGCCCCUUUGAUUUUGUUUUUUUAACUAAUGUAAUAAAUACAGGCGGCACAUGUUCAUAGUUUGUUUCACGUGUUCGUUUAUGUCUGCCGGGAAAACUGACGUGUGUUCAAAUCUGUACAGUGUAAUUUUUUUUUUUGCUUGUGUGACCAAAAGAUAAUAAAGACGGGAUUGUGGAUA